AUGAGUUCUACUGAGUGCGAAGAUAUAGAAGACUCCAAGAAGAAAGAUAUGACUAUCAAUGAGAAACCUAUAUGGUGUGAAGAAUUAGUGGACGAUAAUGAAAUGAGACAUCAGUGUUUUAGGAAGAAAUGCUUCAGAGAAGUAUAUGAUUACAACGCGCGAGCAAUUAUCAAAACAAGAUUACCCUUCAUAUUUCCUAUAACCAAUUAUUACGCUAUUCGAGUACGAGGUAACGGCACUCAAGCGUAUGAAGCCAUUGUGAAGUCUUACUACAGAUGGCUGACGUUCUCAAAACUUGCAAUGAAUUUGUAUGAUAAGUACAUCGCGAUUGCAACAGCUUCUGCGAUAUUUAUUUACAUAAAUUUCCGAAGAAAAAUAAUUUCUUUUUUUAUUGAUAACCCAUCAGAUGGAUCAUCAGAUAAAUUAUAUGUAAUAAGAGAAGUCAAGUUUGGAUACUAUACUGAUGAAGAUGACAGUAAUCAUUUGUACUUGGUUGCUACUCUUGAGUCUGGAGAUUUGCAGGCUUGGAUUAUAGAAACUGAUGACACAACAAAUUCAAUUGAAACUAAGCAAACUAAAAUCUCAGAAGCUAAACAUAAGAAUUUAUGCUUGAUAAAAUUUUUCUGGGACAGCGAGGAAUUUUUAUUCAUCUAAUAGACUUGUAAUAAACAAACACAUAAUAGAAAAUAAUAAAAUGAAGUUUAAAGGUUCCCUCGAUUUAUCAAAAAAUAAGGAAGACUCAAAAAAAAAUUCUGAAGGGAUGACAACAUUUUCUGAUGAAAUAGUUGCUUUGGAUUCAAAUGAUAUGAAUAUUUAUGCAGUGACCUGUCGCGUGGAUAAAAAUGCAGAUUCUACAAUAGAGAAACUUUUUUUAGAGCGGUUUGUUUGUGAAGACUUUUUGCUAAUUUGUACCGAGGGAGGUAUAGCGUAUGACCGUAAAUAUUGUUACGAACCAUUGCCCGAAGAAUUUGACUCUACCACUAAAAUUUAUUUGACUAUGGAAGAUUUCAUUAUUUGCACUUGUGGUAAGUAGAAAAUGUUUUUUUUUUUAUAUUUAAGGAAGAAAUAUCGUCCCGUUUCUGUGUAAACCUCGUAUCUACAAAAUCGUAAUUUUCGGUAAAUCGAUAAAAACGUUUAGAGUUACUUAAUUUUUAUAAAAAGUUAUAACUAAUUCAAAAUUUAAGCUCUUUAUCAAUCACCUUAAAAGAAUUAAACAUGAUUUUUGCUAUCUGCAUCGAUGCUUUGUUGUUAUUGUCAAUUUCAUGUAGAUACGAGUUUUCUCAU